UCAAGUCAGCGCAACACUUCAGUCGGUGGUGGUGCGAGCCACGGAGAGCGAGUCGUCCGCGUAGUGUAGCCGGACAGUGAAGUGCGCGCACUUCACUGUCGGCUACUUUACUGGACGGUCGAUGAACAUGUUGGAACUUCGUUAGCGUACGCAUUUGCGUUAGCAGGUGAUACGAAGACUGAGCAAGACAAGACGAUUCGGAUGAGAUCCGAUUGCGAUCGGAUCCGUCGGAGCCUCCGCAGUGCAAGCCAGUUGCAGGAUGUCGCUCCCGUUACACGUCGACUUAUUGCCAUCGUUAGGACAGCUUGGCAGUCCUCUCCAUUCAUUACGGGUAGGGACUAGCUUUUUGACAUGCUCGUCGUGCUUUGAUAGCAACUUGGGAGGUCUUCCCAAGGUGCUGCCAUGUUCGCAUACCGUUUGCGCAAAAUGUUUGGUGGAAAGCGGGCCCUUCCAAUGUCCGCAGUGCAGCAAGCUCGACUUAGCCGGAUGUUUGAAUUUGGCAAGUCUCCGUCUAAACGAUGUAUUGCCUUUGUGCUCAUCAUGCGAUGAUCGGAACCAUGCCAAAGGAAGAUGUCGAGACUGCAACAACGAGUUAUUGUGUGAGAAUUGUAUCAACGCUCAUCAGAGAGUUCGUCUUACUCGAGAUCACACUAUUCUACGGUUUGCACCAUCACCCUCACUUGAUCUUAAACAGUACCAUCCUCGAGCAUGCGUCGAACACAAUGACAGCCUUUACAUCUAUUGCGACAACUGUGACAAGCCUUUGUGUGGAAAAUGUACCACAGCCCACAAAGGGCACAGUCUACAAUAUGUACGAGAGGCAAUAGAUAAUGGACGAAGCUUUGUUGAACGUUCCCUCAAGGAGACCGAAACAAAACUCAAGGUAUUGCAGGAAGGCCUCGUGAAUAAUCAGGCCAUGGCCAAGCGGGUCGAACAGAAGACGCAUGAUGUUGCAUCGCAGAUCCGUGGGGCUAUACGCAGACAACUCUCCUCUCUUGAGGAGCGAGAGAAAGAGUUACUAUCAAAGGUGGAGUCAAUCCGGCUGCUCAAGGGCAAAUUACUUAAGGCGCAGCAAGAACAGAUUGAACAGGCGACUCUCGAAUUGGGGAAGCACGCGCGUGCCCUCCGUGACUUUCUUGCAUCCGCUAGUGAACUCGACUUCGUCAAGGCCACAAAGGUGCUGCCACAACUCAGUGCCGCUGCAACCCAGGCUGUUCUGUCAACACCAUACGAAGACGAUCGUAUUGAUUUCACGAUAGCAGAUAUACCAUUACUUAGUAACCUCGGUUAUAUCUCAACUGCGAGCUUUCCCAUGCAUUGCAAAGUAUUUGGGGAAGCUCUCAAGGGUGCCGUUGUCGGGCAGACUGCAACGUUUAAGGUUGAAGCCUACAAUCACCUGUCAGAGAAGACGAUAGUCGGGGGUGAACACUUCAUCGCGGCAAUCACGACUCCACAAGGCUUCACCCAACGGGUCGACGCCAGCGACCAUCGUGAUGGAAGUUAUUCAUUCAGUUAUAGACCGUGUAUCGAAGGUCUGCACCAUAUGGUUGUAACGCUUCGGGGUGCUCCAGUUGCGCAAUCCCCAUACAGUAUCAACGUACGUUUAGGCAGGUCAUAUGAGAAUCUUCCGAGUGAACGACCGAUUGUGGUGUUUGGGGGUGAGGGUGAGAGAGAAGGUAAAUUGUGUCGACCAUGGGGAGUCUGCGUUGAUCAUCAGGGUCGCAUCGUCGUUGCUGACAGAUCUAAUAACCGGAUGCAGAUUUUUAACCCGGACGGUUCUUUCCACCUGAGUUUUGGGACUCCGGGCUCUCAGGCGGGCCAGUUUGAUAGGCCAGCUGGGGUAACUAUUGACUCUUCAGGGCGAAUUAUUGUUGCUGAUAAGGACAACCACCGCAUACAAAUAUUUUCGGGUAGAGGAGACUUCAUAACCAAGUUCGGCGAACGAGGUUCGAAGCUCGGCCAGUUCAAUUAUCCAUGGGACGUUGCGGUAAAUGCCGAUAAUCAAAUACUGGUGUCGGACACACGAAAUCAUCGAGUGCAGCUUUUCUCACCAGAGGGCGCCUUCAUCAAUAAGUACGGUUUCGAGGGAGCACUCUGGAAACAGUUUGACUCGCCUAGAGGAGUCGCCUUCGAUCUUCAGGGUAACAUGGUCGUCACGGACUUCAACAAUCACAGGAUUGUCGUCAUCCGAAAUGAUUUUCGAUCGGCGCAAUUUCUUGGCUUUGAGGGUUCGGGUAGUGGUGAGUUCACGAGACCGCAGGGCAUUGCAGUCGAUUCUGAGGGCCAUAUCAUCGUUUGCGACUCGCGUAACAACAGAGUCCAGGUUUUUCGGCCAGAUGGCACAUUUCUGUGUUCCUUCGGACAACCGGGAAGCGACUGCGGUCAAAUGGAUCGACCCUCAGGAGUAGCCAUAUCACCUGAAGGUCGUAUAGUUAUUGUCGAUUUUGGAAACCAUCGAGUGCAAAUUUUCUAACGAAAAAUGUUUUUGAAGAACGCAUGAGACAGAUUUGGCUAAGAAACUUCACUUGUUGCAAAAAUUGGCUCGUAUCAAUUUGUCUCGGAGAAAAUCAGUAUCGAAAACAGUGAUGAUAAAUCAUACGAAUCAUAUCCGAAGUAUAGUAAUCCCAAACAAAGUUAUUUUAUCCUAAAAUUGUACAUGUAGAAGUACUUGGUGGAUAGAUAUUUGCGCUUUUUUUUUCUCUAUUAGUUUAUAUAACACAGUUUAUUGCCUAUUUAGAUAUCUCAAUUUGGAGAUAAAAUAUAAAAUGCUUUUUUGCCUUGCCAUCAUGCUGCUACAGGUCGGUGUAUAUUUAAUAUGCACAAUUACGAUGACAAAGACUAAUAAGUCUAUCAACCUAAAUGAAGUGUCGAGUAACGUUACAGAAUUGCAAUUAAGGCUCAAUGUGUCGUAUAGAACUCAAUAAUCUCAUUAUCAAUACGGAGGUUCUAGAAAGCCUUAACCGUUCAGUAAUAGAUAUCACAAUGAACAACUCUAGGUGAGUCACAGACUAUUUGCUUACUUGCGCCCCACCAAAAAGGGGCAUCUGAUAAAUUGCCUAGGAGGCCGACAUUUGACUACUUCUGCAAGCAUUACAUUUUUGCAAACGGAAUAGUUUGAUAAGUGGAGGGUUCCUUCAAAAACGCAAAAUCGGCGAACAGAAAAUCUUUUAAUGGUUUCGAGAAAAAGCGUUAGAAAAUACACGAUAACUCUAAAAGCAAAGCAUAUGCCUAUAUCAAGGUUUUUGCUACAUGAUAUAAUAACAUUAUUAUUAUUAUUAUGAACCUUCAAAGAGACCACCCUUGAUGUCUCGAAGAAGUGGUGAGGGAAUAUGUCUCAGUCGUUGCCACAAUUACUGAUUCAGGUAUGAAUCGAAAAGCGGGUGUUGGAACAAGUGACAUGAAACAACUUUUAUAUUAUAAUAAUUAACAAGCUAGACUAAAUAGCGGAGUGUCGACUAGUCAUACUAAGAAGGUUUAUAGUCGAAUUCUUAAUUAGGACA